AUGAAUUUUCUCAAAGCUAAACCUACAACAUUCUUAUGCUUCAUCAUUGUAACCCUAGCUUUUGUACAAACAUGCCUUGCACAAAAUUUUCCACAAGAUUACCUUGAUGCACAUAACACUGCUAGGGCGGCAGUGGGCGUCGAAAACAUAGUUUGGAACGACACAUUGGCGGCCUAUGCGCAGCUCUACGCCAACAGCCAGGCACACAACUGCGACCUCGAAAUCGAACCAUCCCAUGGGCCUUACGGAGAGAACCUCGCCGUAAGUAACAGUGCUAUCUUCAGUGGCGUAGAUGCAGUAGAACUAUGGUUGAGUGAGAAAGUUAAUUAUAAUUAUAGUUCUAAUACUUGUGCAAUUGGUACAAAAUGUUUCACUUAUACCCAAGUGGUUUGGCGUGCCUCACUUCAUGUUGGAUGUGCUAGGGUUCAAUGCUUUAAUGGAUGGGUUUUAGUUGUUUGCAGCUAUAGUCCACCAGGGAAUAUAGUUGGCCAGAGGCCAUUCUGA